AUUUUAAACAAGGAUGGGCGACUACGAGACAACGGGGGGUUCCCUCAGAUUCAAAGGUGGCGGAGGAAUCACCAAAAAAAAAAAGAAAAAAUCAGAAAAAUUGGAUCCAUCCAAAGUAAAGGCAACAUUAGAAGCCAAAGAAUCCACGCCACCGCCAUCAAAGCCUAUUAAAGUAAUCGAAAAAACCGCUGCAGAGCUCAGGUUUGAGGAAAUCCAGAAGAAACGCCAAGAGGAAAAGGUUCUCAAGUCUGCCAUGAAGUCGCACAAGGAAAAGGUCGCCGAGCUGAAUCGAAAGCUAGAAGAGAUGACUGAGCACUACGAUAUCCCCAAGGUCGGACCUGGAUAGAUUUUUUCUCUUAUUAUUUUCAGCAAAAACUACAUAAUGAUCCCUCUAUCACCAAUCUGUCAGAUUUCAUAUCCUUUUAUACAACAAAAUAAAUAUACACGUUGCUAUAGGAAAAG